UUCAUGACACCCACAUGCAACUCGGGCCAUUGGCAUUGGACUCCUCUCUUUAUUUGGAGAACUACAAAGAGUGCAAUCACCAGUUUGUCCAGAAUAUUGAAGAGUAGCCUACGCUGCGAAAUGGAUUUGCAUGAAGGAGCCGCACACGGUGAGGGUGUUUUAGACUUGUCGCGUCUGAAUUUGAACACUUUGAGCUUGGUCAACAUCAGCGAGGAGCGAAAGAUGGGCACCAAGCAGUUGUAUCUAAGCUUCAACCGACUGCCCUCGCUUCCCGGAUCGGUUUGCAUGUUCUCCAACCUCGAGUUUCUUGACAUUAGCAACAACGGACUAUCGGUCAUCUGUGAAGGCAUUACUUGGUUAACGAAGCUCAGAACACUAAUAGCCAAGAACAACCGUCUGGACGAAUUCUCGCUUCCCAAGGAAUUCGGGUCUUUGCCGUUGGAGGUGUUGAAUCUAAGUGGCAAUAGGUUUGAGGAGAUGCCAGCGCAGUUCCUGAAGUUGCAGCGGCUACAAUCACUUUCCCUGGGGGGAAACAGACUCCAAAGUAUUCCAGCGGAAAUUGAGAUUUUAACCAGUCUUGAGAUGCUGUAUUUGGGUGGUAACCUGAUCACCUCUAUUCCUCCUGAGCUGGCCAACCUGCCCUACCUCAGCUAUCUGGUCCUGUGUGACAACCGCAUACAAGGUGUACCCCCGCAGCUCACCAGGCUCCACUCCCUGCGCUCCCUGAGUCUGCAUAACAACCUGCUGACCUACCUGCCCCGGGAGAUCCUCAGCCUGGUGCGCCUGCAGGAGCUCAGUCUCCGCGGCAACCCCCUAGUGGUGCGCUUCGUCAAGGAGAUGACCUACGACCCCCCAUCACUGCUGGAGCUGGCGGGUCGUACCAUCAAAAGCCGUAACGUUCCAUACUCAUCCUGCGACAUGCCCUCUCACCUGUUGCACUACCUAGACCUGGCCAGCAAGUGUCCCAAUCCUAAGUGUGCCGGCGUGUACUUUGACUCGUGCGUGCGCCACAUCAAGUUUGUGGACUUCUGUGGGAAGUACCGGCUGCCCCUCAUGCACUACCUGUGCUCCCCAGAGUGCACCUCACCUUGCAGCUCCAACCCCCAGAGCGACGCUGAGUCAGAGGAUGAGAUCAGCGUGCCCGCCUACCGCCUGCAGAGGGUGCUGCUGGGAUAGCAGGAAGUGGAAGGGCCUACAGUCCUAACCAUGUCAACAACCUCAGAACCCGUCUUUCUCUAUGUGACUGGACGGUACUGUAGGGAUGAAAUCUGACCCCUCUGGUCUCGUGUGUGUGUGUGUGUGUGUUUGAUGCAAGAUGCUAGACGCACAAAGACAUACACUCACACACAAACACACUCACACGUGCGAGAUAUCCGGUUGUCAAUGUGGACCUAAACCAGGACAAAUGUCUUUAGGUGGGUAUGUCCCCUGGAACCCAUUGACACAGUCACUAUAGCCAUCUAAAACUGGGGGACAAAUGAUGUGAGGGAUCUUACCUCUAUUUCUCAGUAACACUACAGAUCACUGAUGCCUUCAGACUUUGAGCAGUGCCUUUAACAGAUGAAGCAUUACACACCAUUCCUGAUGGUUUCAUGGGUAAACAUAGGAGGGCAGUAGAAACCAUAACUUUGCCAACUCGCUAUGUGAGCUAUUGGAAGGUUUUUCAUGAUUUUAGAACACUAUCACACCAUUCCUUAGAGUCAGGAUAUGAACAAUUUAAGAUUUCUAAUGGCCUGAAAACAGAAAGUGUGUGACCCGUUCUUUGUAAAAGCUUUGUUUUUCUCUCACAUACAGGAAGUCGAUCUAGGCCAGGCAGAGUGUGAAUGGACGCCUGAAAGGAGAAAAUCAAACGUAUCUGACAAGAUACAAUGAAUGUUUGUAUUUCCAGCUCUUGGUUUUCUCAAAAUUUGACAGAUAUAGAUAUAUGUAUUAACACUUUGUAUGUUGGAACAUUUAGACAACUUCUCCAGAAGGUACAUGUUUAAGGUAACUGGAAGAAUAAUACAGUAGCUGGCCUUUCAAUAAUGCUGGUCUAUUGUUACAGUACCAUGUAGUAGUGCUUUUGAAUGUAUGUCUAUAUGCCUUAUUGAAGAGAAAGGGAAUUCUAGAAAGAAAACAAAGUGAGAAAAGAACAGAACAAAACAAACAAUUUUUCUUGUACCCUGAAAUAUGUAACAAUUCACUUUUUUAAAUGUUCUAUUUAUGAUCCGUUAACACUUAACUUGACAUCUAGUGUCAUAACAUGUUAUGAAACAUACAUAACAGCUGACAUAACCUGUCGUAACACUGUCAUGACACAUAUUUAGACCUCUUGUGACAUUGCGUUAUUUUAUUGCUGGUUAUGACCCCUACAUAAAACCUACCACAAAAGGCAAAACAUCCAUUACACCAUAACCUACAUCAACAGUAUUUUUAUGUUAUAUAACAUUUUCUGAAAUGUACUCUAUUAAAUUAUCAUUGUAAUUGUGCACACAUUGAUGUCAGACAUGCAGCUACCACAAUGUUCUGUUGCUGAUGACUGGGAUCAGAUUUCAGGAGCAGGACUGAUGACUAACAUAGGCCUAUCAUGUACAUGCUCUUAUCUGGCAUAUAUGAUUCUGAUGGUCAUAAUGCUUCUUGACAGUGUCCAAGUGAAGUGACAUAGGAUGGUCAUAGUGCUUCUUGACAGUCAUAAAGUGUAUUUUCUACAUGUUUUUUAUAUGAUGGGGGAAACAUGAUUCUUUAGAAUCAAUUUCAACAAACAAUUUAAGAAACUAACUUUCCAACUAAAUCAAACUAAAUCAA